AGAAUCCAGGAUGCUGGAGCGCGUGUGUGUUGCUCGCGCGUGGGGGUUGAAGCGAAGACGCGUGAGCGAGGCGACCAGCGAGAAUUCCGCUGUACGAGAGAGGAAGGAGUUGCCACUCAGUAAUGGACGCCAGUAAAGGUAAAGGGGAUCAAGGGAUGCAGAACCCAGGUGGGCAAAUGGACAGACCUGUCAGCUUCCACUUCUUGGAAAGCAUGCUUCCCAAAGCAGUGAAGAGGCGAGUGCAUGCCUUGAAAAGGCUACAGGUGCAGUGUGCUAACAUAGAAGCAAAGUUCUACGAGGAAGUCCAUGAGCUAGAGAGGAAGUAUGCUGCCCUCUACCAGCCUCUGUUUGACAAGAGAAGAGAUAUUGUCACAGGAACAGUGGAACCCACAGAUGAGGAGUGUGAGUGGCACAGUGACAGAGAGGAAGAGGAGGAGCUAGCUGAGGAAGUAAAGGAAAAAGCUGCAAUUGAGGAUGCAAAGAAAGAGGAAGCCACGCCAGAGGAAGACCCAAAAGGCAUCCCUGAGUUCUGGCUCACCAUAUUCAAGAGUGUGGACAUGCUCAGUGACAUGCUACAGGAGCACGAUGAGCCCAUCCUAAAGCACCUGAAAGAUAUUCAAGUCAAGUUUUCUGAACCAGGACAGCCAAUGAGUUUCACAUUAGAGUUCCACUUUGAGCCCAAUGGUUACUUCAACAACGCAGUCCUCACUAAAGUCUACAAGAUGAAAUCAGAACCUGAUGCCUCAGACCCUUUCUCAUUUGAGGGGCCAGAGAUCAUUGACUGUGAAGGCUGUCAAAUAGAUUGGCACAAGGGGAAGGAUGUGACAGUGAAAACUAUUAAGAAGAAGCAGAAGCAUAAAGGCCGCGGCACAGUUCGCACUGUUACCAAACAGGUCCCCAACGACUCUUUCUUCAACUUCUUUAAUCCCGUCAAAGCUUCACCAGAUGGAGAAAUGGACGAAGACUCUGAGUACACUCUAGCCACAGACUUUGAGAUUGGUCAUUUCUUCCGUGAGAGAAUAGUUCCCAGAGCAGUGCUGUAUUUCACUGGGGAGGCCCUGGAAGAUGACGAGAGUUUUGAAGAGGAGGAGCUGGAAGAGGGAGACGAAGAGGAGCAAGAUGAGGAGGGUGAUGAUGACGACGAUGAGGGAGACUUUGACCCCAUGAAAGAACAGCAGCAGCCUGCCGAAUGCAAACAGCAGUAACCGUGGUGAUCAGGGGAGAUGGAGACCUGCUGUCAGUCAAUUCAGUUCUUAGCCAAUCAGCAAGUCCUCCUACUCUUGCAGGCUCCGCCCUUUUAUGAACUCUCACCUGAACGCAAUAGAACGCAAACCAAACUGCGUUUUUAUUAUGUGCAUGACUUCUUCUUUUUUCUUUUGUUUCUUUUGUCUUGCGCCCAUCUCACCCACCCCCCUCCCUUUUUUUUUUAAUUUGGCUUCAUUCAAACUCAAAGCAGGAAGUGACUUGACUCUAAUUGAAAUACCAUGGCAUCACAUAGGGACAGUGUUGUUCUUCUUCAGUAAGGUGGAGUAGGUUACUACUGCCAAAAAAAAAAAAACUCAGAAAAUCAUCAUCUGUGAAAAAGAUAA